AUGGAGUCCGGCGAAAAGAGAUACGACCUCAUCGAUAUUCUGAUCGAGCUCAAGAAGAACAAUAAUAAUGAAGAGAUUGAAGGCUUCAAAUUCGAUGGGAAUGACCUCGUGGCACAAGCGGCCAGUUUCUUCUCAGCUGGUUUCGAUACUUCCGCAAUACCCAUUGCUUUCACAUUGUACGAACUCGCGUUGCAACCUGAAAUUCCAAGUACGCUAAGAAAAGAACUAGUCGAGGCUCUUAACAAUUCCGACGGAAACAUCACAUACGACAUGAUUAUGUCGCUAUCCUAUCUGGAUAUGGUAGUAUUGGAAACUUUGAGAAAAUAUCCACCAUUCGGAUUCCUGAGUCGUAUUGCGAUGCAAGAUUAUAAAGUACCGAAUUCUAAUCUCGUACUCAAAAAGGGCACGCCUGUUUAUAUCCCGAUGCUUGGACUACACUAUGAUCCAAAAUAUUUCCCCGAUCCUGAUAAAUACGAUCCGGAGCGAUUCAAUGAGAAGAAUAAAUGUAAUAUACCGGCAUGCGUUUAUUUCCCAUUCGGAGACGGUCCACAUAUGUGUAUAGGCACUCGACUCGGUUAUUUACUAAUGAAGUUUACGUUAAUAAAACUCUUAAAUAAAUAUGAAGUGGCGCCAUGCAAAAAAACAACAAUACCAGUGAUAAUUGAUCCGACAAUAUCUAUGACAUCACCAUUGGACGGUUAUAUCUCAACUUACGAAAAAUUAAUGCUGUUGUUGAGCGCGCGGCAACUCGCGACGCCUUUGUUUAUCACAUGGCUAUUUGUAAGAAAAACGGUACCCAACCAUUUGAAAAUGUGGUUAACCAACACUGAUAACAAAGGUCCGUGUUUGAAUUAUGGAAGUUACAAGAGUGGAAUACAUGUUCAGACUCAUGCAAACAUAUUACAAACAUUACGCAACAAAUUGUAUCCUACCAAACUGCCUGAAUUCACGCCAAAAUUAAAAUCAAGAGGUAGAGUGCAUCAAAGUGACGUUUCUGAAGGAUGGUCUGUACCGCUUGGGUUCAUUCCCGAUGGUCCACUGGUUCUUCGUACACAGCGAUUCUUGUAUGACAAAUACAAACAGAGGCCUGCGCAAGUUCAACUUUAUGCUACGAUUCCGUCUUUCUUUGAGUUGUUGUUACUCUCCAUUGUUGUAAUAAUGUUAUCGCUCAUGACGCGCAUAGAGUGGAGUCGUAAGUUAAUUUUAAAAUAUCCCUCUCUAUUUACAUUGGGUUUUAUCAGUGACAAAAACCCGAAUCUGGAAGCAUGGAAAUCGAUAACAAUUUCUUUUACGAUGAGAGCCCGUGGAUGGACCGAAAUGUUGGCCGAACCUACCAACAAAUAUACGAAUCCGCCUAAUAAGGAAGUAAUAACUAAAGUCUCCGUUGUUUCUCCUGCAUACGAAACGACCAGUAUUAUGACAAUCUUAUCGGCAAUAACAAUCCUUAACGAGACCGAUAUUAUGCCUGACAACGGAGGCGUGCUCACUCCCGGUGCUGCAUUUGGUAAAACAUCUCUGGUCGAACGAAUGAAUAAACAUAAUAUUAAAUUCGAGGUUAUAUCGUCUACUGUGAAAUAGAGACAAAUGCAAAAGUAAGAUACAAUUUUCACUAAUAGAAUUCUUUUUUAACACACUUAAUUUUUUUACUUUAAUGCUAACAGUUUUACAAUUUGUUGGGUAAUGGUUCUGCUACACACAUGUUUCAAGAUAUUUUAAAAGUAAAUUAUUGAGUUAGGCAGAAAAAGUGAAGGAUCCUUUUACAUUAAGCGACUUUAUGAACACUAUCGAGAACAAUUCAUCUAUUUAAUUCGAUGUGUAAUUAAUAUAUAUGAUAAUUAAUGUGCGCUUAUCAAUAUGUACGUAUAUCUUAUUAUAUAAAUUU